AUGGCUCCCUUCACUCCUCGUGGCGGUGGUCGCGGCGGCGGUCGUGGAUUCGGCGGACGUGGUGGUGGUGACCGCGGUGGCUUCGGCGGCCGUGGUGGUGCCCGUGGAGGCUUCGGUGGUGACCGUGGUCGUGGCGGCUUCGGUGGACGCGGUGGUGGUCGUGGCGGUGGUCGCGGCGGUCCUGGCGGUGGUCGUGGCCGUGGAGGUGUCUCCAAGGGCGGCCGUGGAGGCGGUCCUGGUGGUCAGAAGGGAGGUCAGAAGGUCAUCGUGGAGCCCCACCGUCACGAGGGUAUCUUCGUUGUCCGUGGCAAGGAGGACGCCAUCGCAACCCGCAACAUUGUCCCCGGAGAGUCCGUCUACGGCGAGAAGCGCGUCUCUGUCGACAACCAGACCCAGAACGAGGACGGCACCACCACAACCACCAAGAUCGAGUACCGCGUGUGGAACCCCUUCCGCUCCAAGUUGGCCGCUGCCGUCAUCGGUGGUCUCGAGAAGCUCUACUUCGGCCCCGGCUCCAAAGUCCUUUACCUCGGUGGUGCCUCUGGUACCUCAGUCUCCCACGUCGCCGACAUUGUCGGCCCUACUGGAUUCGUCUACGCCGUCGAGUUCUCCCCUCGUUCCGGCCGUGAUCUGAUCGGGAUGGCCGCCAAGCGCACCAACGUCGUCCCCAUUGUCGAGGACGCCCGCCAACCCCUCAAGUACCGCAUGCUCAUGCCCAUGGUCGACUGCAUCUUCGCCGACGUUGCCCAGCCCGACCAGGCCCGUAUCGUUGCCAUGAACGCCCACCAGUUCCUCAAGGUCGGCGGUGGUAUCCUCAUUUCCAUCAAGGCCAACUGUAUCGACAGUACCGCCCCCGCUCACAAGGUCUUCGCCAUGGAGGUCGAGAAGCUGAGAGGAGAGCGCAUCACCCCCAAGGAGCAGCUUACGCUAGAACCCUUCGAGCGUGAUCACUGCCUCGUCGCUGCCGAGUACUCGCGCUACGCGAAAUAA